AUGAGACAGUAUUAUACAGAAAUUUACCCAGAUGGUAAAAUAGCUAUAAUUUUAUUCAUCUCUUUGCGAAAAACAAGUAAUAAUAGCCCAUCAGCUAAUUGUGAGAGUGAUAGUUAUUGCUACCAAAACAAUAACAACAAUAAUAUUCAAUUAAAUAAUAAAAAUAUUGAUAGUGACCAUAAGAACUACAGUGAAGUGAAUAGUCGUGGUAACAGUCCGAGAGAUCAUUUCCGAAUUGAUAGUCCGAAUAAGCGCGCAGAAACCUGUAGUCCAGAAGAAACGUCUCGAUCAUAUUCAAGUCAUAAAAAUGAUGAUAUUUCAAGUCGCAGUCCAAAUAAUAAUAAUGAUAGCAUAGGUUCACAAAGUCCAGAAAAUUUAUCAUCAAAAUCUCAAAGUAAUAAUAGUAAAAGUCAAACCGUUGCCGAUAUGUUAGAUCAUAAAUUACAAAUGAGCUUUUUAGGGCCUCCGUUAGCUGCACUUCAUUCUAUGACUGAAAUGAAGUCACAAAACAGCCCACAAACUUCACAGAAUUCACAAUGUGUCACCAAUCCACAUGGCAUUGAUUCCAUUCUAUCUCGACCUACUCCCGUUACAAAUGCUCACCUGAAUGCCUUAGGAGCAGGAAUGCCUCGAUUCUCAAUAGCUGCGGCGGCAGCAAAUAUGGCACAAUAUUUAUCACAAAAUCAAGGAACUCCAAUGAAAUCGCAUUCGGGUCCGCUUGUAGAAAGAACACACUUAUAUUGGCCCGGAUUACAGGGUCUUGUAGCUAAUCCCAUGGCGUGGCGAGAAAGACUUGGCUCAAUGUCAGCAAGUUUAUCACAAUCUCAUCAAAAUCAUGAUAAAGAUGGCAAAAAGAAACACACAAGACCAACGUUUAGUGGGCAGCAAAUUUUUGCACUUGAAAAAACUUUUGAGCAGACGAAAUAUUUGGCUGGUCCAGAAAGAGCUAAAUUAGCGUAUGCCUUAGGAAUGACAGAAUCACAAGUAAAGGUAUGGUUCCAAAAUCGAAGAACGAAAUUUCGUAAGAGACAAGCCGCUGAAAUUGCAACAGCCAAAAGAAAACAAGAAGAAUUAGGUGAUGGUGACCCCGAUAAUGAUGGUGACUGUAGCGAACAGCUAGACGACAGUGAUGCUGAGAGUAUCGAUUUGGUAGAGAAUAACCCUCGAAAGCGAUAUCGGAUGGAGGAUGAUUCGAGACAUUAAUAUAAGCUAAAUUUUAUCUGAAUAGAAAUUAAGCAUUAAGGAGGUCAUCGUUCUAUGAAAGGUAGUUUUUCAUAAUUCAUCGAUUCAAAUAUUGCUACGCUUGCCUAACAUUUAUCAAUUGAAUAUUAUUCGGUUUGAUAGCUGAUCAAUUUUCAAAUUCAAAUCAUGAACUAUUGAGCAGUCGUUUCUAUCCUUUAUUUAUUUUAAUUUAAU